CCUCAAACACUAUCCAGAGGGUGGGGUGACCAACUGGAUUGGGUGCAGACCUAUGAGGAAGCCUUAUUCAAAGCCAAGACAGGAAAUAAGCCUUUGAUGGUGAUUAACCACAGAGAAGACUGUCCACAUUCACAAUCCCUGAAGAAAGCAUUCUCUGAACACAUUGGAAUCCAGAAACUAGCUGAAGAAUUAAUCCUCCUCAAUGUCAUUUAUGACCCCACAGACAAAAACCUGCUCCUGGAUGGCCAGUACGUGCCCAAGAUUGUAUUUGUUGAUCCCUCCCUUGUGGUCAGAGCCGAUAUUCCCGGGAAAUAUUCCAACCACCGCUACACCUACGAGCCUGAGGACAUCGAACUGCUUUUCGAGAACAUGAAGAAGGCCAAGACCCUCCUGAAGACGGAGCUGUAG